AUGGCACCAAAGUUUGUAGUUUUUGGGGGAAAUGGGUUCUUAGGGAAGAGAAUUUGUCAAAAUGCGGUGAUUGCAGGCUAUCAAGUUGUUUCUGUAUCUAGGUCCGGCAAAGCUCCCCACAGUACUGAAUUAAAUGAGAAACAAUGGAUUCAGGAAGUUCAAUGGACUGCGGCUGAUAUUUUUAAACCAGACUCUUACCAUUCGUUACUGAAAGAUGCCGCAAACGUGGUUCAUAGUUUGGGGAUUCUUUUGGAAAACGAGAGCUAUAAGAAAACUCUUUCGAAAAGCCCCACAAAUAAUUCAAAAUCGAGUCUUUUCUCUCUUGGUGCAGGACCAAAUCCUUUACGAAAAAGCAGUCCCUACUUUACUUAUGAAAUGAUGAAUAAGCAAAGUGCCAUUAUUUUGGCAGAUACUUUUAAGCAGGCAAUUAUAAAAAGAGGCAAGAAGGAGCAGGCGAAAGUAGACGAAAGAUCGUUUACAUAUAUUUCUGCAGAUAAGGGGUUUCCGAUCAUACCCAGUGGUUAUAUCAAUUCAAAGAGGGAGGCUGAAAUUGAAAUAGAAAGACUGCACGAGUAUUUUAGACCUAUCAUUAUGAGGCCUGGUUUCAUGUUUGAUGAGCAUAGAAACGCAAUUGGACCGAGAUCUUUCAUUCACAGCGCUCUUGAGCUCCUUUACUGUGGUAACAGAUUUUUGUUACAGAACAAACUAAAAUUUAUGAAUGACCUAAUAAGGCCAACGGUAUCUACUCAACAGGUAAGCCAUUCCAUCUUGACAAAAGUUGAAGAUCCAAACUUCACAGGAAUAGUAACACUUGAGGAAAUACUCAAAACAUGA